AUGCCGGGAGUGGUCCGAAAGAAAUGUGCUGAAAGGAAGUUGCUAGCGGUAAAGAAUAGAGGAAAGAGGAGAGCACGACAAAUGUCACAACAAUCGGAAUUACUCGGUAGUAUGGUUGGAGAGAAUGACUCUCGACCAGAGGUCUUCCGAAAAUUACUGAAGCAUGAACAACGCGAAACACCACCACGCUUGUCGCCAGUCGAUGGUCUCUCGAAUGACCCUAGUGUUUCCACAGAUAGCACUAAUAGCAGUAAUGACGAUGCUAAGAAACCAUGCGUAUUACUUCCAAAAAAUAGCGAUGAGAAUCAAGGGUUGCUAUUGGAUAGGAAGGAUGAAAUUCAGCGUUUGCUUUCGAAAACUGCUAAACAAGAAAUGCCACAGCUCGACAGUGAGUGUCAGAAUGCUGCAUGUGGGCAAGAUAAUGGUACUGAUCCUGAAUCGGCAGCAACAUCAUCAGUACAUUCAGAUGAUACGCCACCCCGUUUAACUGCUGCUCAAGUAAACUCGUCAUUUUCAUCAAAUAUGAUGGAUGGUGAAGAAAGCCGUGGAGAAUACUGUGACGAUAAUGCAUCGCCUCCACCUCUUGAUAAGUAUGCAUCUGCUGGAUCGUCACCAAUAGUUCCUGGUUCCAGAUCGAGAGAUUCAACAUUGUGGACUCUACGUCUCAGGCGUCGUCCAUUUCAUACAUCUUUGCUUACUGCUGCUUCUGAGGCUGGUCCUUCAAUGAAUAAAAGAAGUUACUCAGAAGCAGAUUGGGCGAACAGACUAGCGGAAGUGCUCAGGGAUUUGCAUCCCAGUCAGCUAGUGCUGGCAAAGGAAACCAUUCAUUCAACGGUGGUCAGAAUUCUUGCGCAAGAAAUAACAUCUGAUAUAUCAUGUCUUAUGAAUCUGAUCGAAAAUCAAGAUCGCCGCGCCGCCGCUUUUGAAAGAGUUCUUAAGGAUUUGAAGAAAUUUAAAACUGAUUGUACUUAUGAUUCCACCCUUUAA